AUGUCAACUGAGACAGAACUUCAAGUGGCUGUGAAAACCAGCACAAAGAAAGACUCCAAAAAGAAAGGUCAGGAUCGCAGUGAAGCCACUUUAAUAAAGAGGUUUAAAGGUGACGGUGUCCGAUACAAAGCCAAGCUGAUUGGGAUAGAUGAGGUCUCUGCUGCACGAGGGGACAAGUUAUGCCAAGACUCCAUGAUGAAGCUCAAGGGAAUCGUCGCUGCGGCUCGUUCGAAAGGAGAACAUAAACAAAAAAUCUUCUUAACAGUUUCCUUUGGGGGAAUCAAAAUCUUUGAUGAAAAGACAGGGCUCCUCCAGCACCACCAUGCAGUUCAUGAGAUUUCAUACAUUGCAAAAGAUAUCACAGACCAUCGAGCGUUCGGAUAUGUGUGCGGAAAGGAGGGGAAUCAUAGAUUCGUGGCAAUAAAAACAGCCCAGGCAGCUGAACCUGUAAUUCUGGACUUGCGAGACCUGUUUCAGCUCAUCUAUGAACUGAAACAAAGGGAAGAAAUGGAAAAAAAGGCACAAAAGGACAAGCAGUGUGAACAGGCGGUAUACCAGACAAUUUUGGAAGAAGAUGUAGAAGAUCCUGUAUACCAGUACAUUGUGUUUGAGGCUGGACACGAGCCGAUCCGUGAGCCUGAAACGGAAGAAAACAUUUAUCAGGUUCCUACCAGCCAAAAGAAGGAAGGUGUUUAUGAUGUGCCAAAAAGUCAACCUGUAAGUCUGCAGAAUGGGAACUUAUUGCUGGACAUUGAUGAAAAUCUUGUUUCAGUCACUCAGGCUGUUACCCAACUAGAGCUUUUUGGGGACAUGUCCACUCCUCCUGAUGUAACCUCUCCCCCAACUCCUGCUACUCCAGGUGAUGCCUUUAUCCCAUCUUCAUCCCAGUCACUUCCUGCUAGUACAGACAUGUUUGGUUCUGUACCUUUCAGCACUGCUGCCGUACCCUCAGGUUAUGUUGCCAUGGGAGCUGUUCUGCCCUCAUUCUGGGGACAGCAACCACUUGUUCAACAGCAGUUGGCCAUGGGUGCUCAGCCUCCAGUCGCUCAGGUGAUGCAGGGAGGACAGCCGAUCGCGUGGGGCCAGCCCGGUAUUUUUCCUCCUACUCAGCAACCAUGGCCAUCUGUAGCUGGUCAGUUCCAACCAACUGCCUUCAUGCCAACACAAACUGUUUUGCCUUUACAAGCAGCCAUGUUUCAAGGUACCAUUGCUCCUAUAGCUACCGUUCCACCCACAAGUGAUUCCAACAGAUCGAGUCCACAGACAGACAGGCCCAGACAGAAAAUGGGAAAAGAAAUGUUUAAAGAUUUCCAGAUGGCUCAGCCUCCACCAGUGCCAUCAAGAAAACCAGAUCAGCCUUCCCUCAGUUGUACCUCAGAGGCCUUCUCCAGUUACUUUAACAAAGUUGGGAUGGCACAGGAAGCAGAUGAUUGUGAUGACUUUGACAUCUCUCAGUUAAAUUUGACUCCUGUGACUUCCACAACACCAUCUACAAACUCACCUCCAACCCCUGCACCCAGACAGAGUUCUCCAUCAAAAUCAUCAGCAUCUCAUACCAGUGAUCCUGCUGCAGAUGACCUCUUUGAAGAGGGGUUUGAAAGCCCAAGCAAAAGCGAGGAGCAAGAGGCUCCUGAUGGGUCUCAGGCCUCAUCCAACAGUGAUCCAUUUGGUGAGCCAACUGGCGAUACUAUAAGUCCACAGGUCGGUAGCUAG